CCGGGCGGGGCGGGGCCUCCCGGCGACGGGGGGCGGGAGAGGUCAUUCCUCGCUCAGCUGCGGGAGCGCGAAGGAGGCCAUGCCGCUGGCCCGCAGCGUCUCGGUGAGCUCCCUGCCGGGCCUGGAGGACUGGGCGGCCGGCGAGAGCCUCGACAACGUGGUGCUCUUCGAGGUGGCCUGGGAGGUGGCCAACAAGGUGGGGGGCAUCUACACGGUGCUGCAGACGAAGGCGCGGGUGACGGCGGACGAGUGGGGCGACGGCUACUUCCUGGUGGGGCCCUACGUGGAGCAGAGCGUCCGCACGCAGGUGGAGCUGCUGGAGCCGCCCAGCGCCGCCCUGCGCCGCACCCUGGCCGCCAUGAACGCCCAGGGCUGCAAGGUGCACUUUGGGCGCUGGCUGAUCGAGGGCAGCCCCGCGGUGGUGCUGCUGGACGUGGCGGCCACGGCCUGGAGCCUGGAGCGCUGGAAGGCCGAGCUCUGGGAGAGCUGCGCCAUCGGCGUGCCCUGGUACGACCGCGAGGCCAACGACGCCGUCCUCUUCGGCUUCCUCACCGCCUGGUUCCUCGGCGAGUUUGCGGCGCAGAGCGAGGCGGAGCGGCCCUUCAUCGUGGGCCACUUCCACGAGUGGCUGGCGGGGCUGGGGCUGGUGCUGAGCCGGGCGCGGCGGCUGCCGGUGGCCACCGUCUUCACCACGCACGCCACCCUGCUCGGCCGCUACCUCUGCGCCGCCAGCGUCGACUUCUACAACAACCUGCAGCACUUCGACGUGGACAAGGAGGCGGGCGAGCGGCAGAUCUACCACCGCUACUGCCUGGAGCGGGCGGCCGCCCACUGCGCCCACGUCCUCACCACCGUCUCCCACGUCACCGCCACCGAGGCCGAGCACCUGCUCAAGCGGCGCCCGGACCUGGUGACGCCCAACGGCCUCAACGUGCGCAAGUUCUCGGCCAUGCACGAGUUCCAGAACCUGCACGCCCAGAGCAAGGCCCGCGUCCAGGAGUUCGUCCGCGGCCACUUCUACGGGCACCUGGACUUCGACCUGGACAAGACGCUCUUCUUCUUCAUCGCCGGCCGCUACGAGUUCUCCAACAAGGGCGCCGACGUCUUCCUGGAGGCCCUGGCGCGGCUCAACUACCUGCUGCGGGUCAACGGCAGCGAGACGACGGUCGUCGCCUUCUUCAUCAUGCCGGCCCGGACCAACAACUUCAACGUGGAGACGCUCAAGGGCCAGGCCGUGCGCAAGCAGCUCUGGGACACGGCCAACGCGGUGAAGGAGAAGUUCGGCAAGAAGCUCUACGAGUCGCUGCUGGUGGGGAACCUGCCCGACAUGAACAAGAUGUUGGACCGCGAGGACUUCACCAUGAUGAAGCGGGCCAUCUUCGCCACCCAGCGGCAGUCCUUCCCGCCGGUGUGCACGCACAACAUGCUGGACGACGCCACGGACCCCAUCCUCACCACCAUCCGCCGCGUCGGGCUCUUCAACAGCAGCAGCGACCGCGUCAAGAUCAUCUUCCACCCCGAGUUCCUGUCGUCGACCAGCCCGCUGCUGCCCGUCGACUACGAGGAGUUCGUGCGCGGCUGCCACCUGGGCGUCUUCCCCUCCUACUACGAGCCCUGGGGCUACACGCCCGCCGAGUGCACCGUCAUGGGCAUCCCCAGCGUCUCCACCAACCUCUCGGGCUUCGGCUGCUUCAUGGAGGAGCACAUCGCCGACCCCUCGGCCUACGGCAUCUACAUCGUGGACCGGCGCUUCCGGGGCCCCGACGAGUCGUGCGCGCAGCUGACGGCCUUCCUGUACGGCUUCUGCCAGCAGAGCCGGCGGCAGCGCAUCGUGCAGCGCAACCGCACCGAGCGCCUCUCCGACCUGCUCGACUGGAAGUACCUGGGACGGUACUACACGCUGGCGCGCCGCAUGGCGCUGGCCCGGGCCUUCCCCGAGAGCUUCACCUACGAACCCCCCGAGGCGGCGGCGGCGCCGGGGUUCCGGUUCCCGCGGCCGGCGUCGGUGCCGCCGUCGCCGUCGCUGUCGCGACACUCGAGCCCGCGGCACAGCGAGACCGAGGAGGAGGAGCGCUACGACGAGGAGGCCGAGGCCGCCCGCGACCGCGCCAACAUCCGCCGCCCCCCGGCCCCCGCCAGCCCCACGGCGGCCGCCCUGCCCCACGGCGCCGGCCCCACGGCGGCCGCCCUGCCCCACGGCGGCCCCCAGCCCCGCUAGGCCGCCCGGCGCCGCGCCGCCGCGCCGCCGCCCCGCCGCCAGCCCCACGGCGACGCUGCCCCACGGCGCCGGCCCCACGGCGGCCGCGACGACCCACGGCGCUGCCCCGCGGCCCUGUGGCGCCUGCUCGCC